CCACCGUAGUUUCUGUAUCUUUGCUUCUGUGUACAGUGGUGAGCUGAAGUGCCUGGCUGCUGUUGUGGAUGUAUUUGUAAAGACAUCUAGUGAUGUCUCUGGUAGGAGUUGCGUUGGCCGUUCUGGUUGUUUGUUUGACAUUUAUCUUGCGGUUAUAUAUAGUAUUGAGGGCCGGCGCAAAACAUAAGCCUGGAGCUAAGGGUUCUGUUUCUGUUGUUGUCGUUGCUGGCUCAGGCGGUCAUACCACAGAGAUACUGCGACUGGUGGAGUCCCUGUCAGGAACCUAUUCUCCUCGACACUAUGUAAUUGCAGACACAGACAAGAUGAGUGAGGAGAAAAUCCUGACAUUUGAAAAAUCCAGAGCAUGCUCCGGGCCAAACUCACAGUUUACCAUCUGUCGGAUUCCACGAAGCCGGGAAGUGCAUCAGUCCUGGAGUUCCUCUGUGGCCAGUACUCUGAAGGCCAUGCAGUACUCACUCCCUCUGAUGUUUAGAGUCAGACCUGACUUGGUGCUGUGUAACGGCCCUGGGACUUGUGUUCCUGUGUGUGCUGCAGGACUCCUCCUUGGACUUCUUGGAAUAAAGAAGGUUCUUCUCGUUUAUGUUGAAAGUAUUUGCCGAGUACAGACACUGUCGCUGACGGGCAAGAUUCUGUACCCAUUGUCAGACUUUUUCUUUGUGCAGUGGUCUUCCCUAAAGGACAGAUAUCCCAAAUCCCUUUUCCUUGGAAGAAUAGUGUAAAAAAAAAAAGUCACACAGUAAUUACUGCUGUACUCAUAUUGAAUGUAUUUUAAUAAAGCAUUGUGGAACCAGGACCAUAAAAUAA